ACGCCGGCCGACGACCCCGAGGACGACAUUCAGUUCGUGAGCGAAGGAAUGUUAAAACCCGUUCUUGAAUGUACUAAUCUGAUUAGCAGCGAUGAUGAAGAGCCAAUCACCUCUCACAGUGAUAAUAUAGAUAACAUCGAUAUGGAAAUAGACGAUUCAUCUAAUGAAUCUAUAAAUGCAAGCCGGGAAAAAAAAUUAAGACCAGUAAUACUCUCAUCCUCUUCAGACAAGAAUCUUGUUGAUGGCAAGGAAGUUGAACCAUUAGAUAAUGAGUCUUAUGAAUAUAUUACAGAGGAAGAAUGUUUGGACUCUGAAUCAGGAGAUGAUUAUGAUGAAGAAUGGCAGCAAGUAGGAGGAAGCGGUACAGUGGUACAUGAGUCUUCACGAAAAGAGAAGUUUUUGAUAGAAAACAUUGAUAAAAAUGACCCUUUCUCAUUGUACAAAUUAUUCUUGACAAAUGAUAUACUACAAAUGAUCAUUGAAGAAACCAACAAGUAUGCUGUACAAUGCGAAAAUAAUUCUACAUCUAACAGCAGAAGACAACAGCAGUCGUGGAAGCCUGUUACAAUGGGAGAAAUGAACACUUUUAUUGGCAUAUUGCUUAUCAUGGGUGUAAUACAGGUACCAGAAAUUAGACUAUAUUGGUCCACAAAGGAAAUGUAUAUGAACACACGCAUAAAAAAUGCCAUGAAAUGUGAACGUUUUUUGGCUAUUCUUAAGUAUUUACAUUUUUCUGACAAUACCACAGCUAGAACUGAAGAUCGGCUAGACAAAAUUCGGAGCAUUGUAGAGGCAAUUGUUGCUACAUUUAAAAAUGCUGUUGAACCUGGUGAAAACAUUGUUAUAUAUAAAAGUAUCAUCCCAUGGAAAGGGCUUUUUGGUUUUCGCCAGUACAUUCCAGGCAAGACACAUAAGUAUGGAAUAAAAUUAUAUAAACUGUGUUUGCCUGGUGGCUACACCUACAAUCUUGAUAUUUAUUCUGGAAAUGAUGCAACAAUCAUGGAGAAAACACAUGCAAAUGAUGUUGUGAUGAAACUGAUGAGUGGCUUAUUAUUUGAGGAGCGCAUAGUAUUCACAGACAGCUAUUAUACAAGUGUCCCUUUGGCUGAAGAACUUUUGCAGAAAAAAACAUAUAUUUGUGGUACAGUUAAAAUAAAUAAAAAUUUCUUACCGCGAGAAGCAAAGCAAAAACAGAAACAGGGUGACAUUAUGAGUUUUGAAAAUCAUACUGGGGUCAGAUUUUUAAAAUGGACCGAUAAAAGACCAAUUAGUAUGUUAACUACUUCAAAGAAUCAUAUGUGCACCAUUAUUGAAGGAAAAAAUGGAACAUUAAAGCCUGGUGCUGUUUUUUAUUAUAAUAUUGCUAAGAAAGGUGUUGACAUAUCAGAUCAAAUGGCAUCAUACUAUAAUUGUUUACAGAAAACCAUUAAGUGGUAUAGAAAAAUUGUGAUACAGUUAAUAUGUGGGACUUUGCUUGUAAAUGCAUGGUAUAUACAUAAAAGAUGGGGCAAUAAGCAAAUUAAUAUUUUAAAAUUUAGAGAAAGAAUUAUUGACCAGCUCCUGAUCAGUAGUCACCAUACUGAAGAAAUGGCUCCUGGAGAAAAAAUACCACGAAAAGAAGUUAUCCAUUUUCUUGACUCUUACACGGAAUCUGCAAGAACCUCACGAAAACGAUGUAGGGGGUGUUACAAAUCCUUAUCUGAAAGAGAAGGUAGAAAUGUUGCUCUGAAGAAAGCUAAACGAGUAAAGACAUUUUGCCGCCUUUGUGAGGGUCAGCCAGCAUUAUGUUUGGAAUGUUUUAAAAAGUUGCAUGAAAAUAAAUAAUUAUUACAAAGAAAAA